AUGACCUCCAAAGGCGCCGGUGGCACGGCAUCAAGCCGUCGCAACUACAGGCUGGGUUUGGACACGGACAAAGCCAAAUCCAGCGGUAUUGUCAAUGAGAAACUGCUGAGCGACUAUUUGCAUCACGUCUUUCGUUCCGGUGAUGGCGCGCCCGCUCCGGCCUUGCUCAGGAAGCCUCUGACUUUCCAGGGUCUGAACACACACCUGGAAAACUUGCUGUCUGAAGGAGAAAGCGUUGAUGAUGGCCCAGAGCGCGAGGUGGAAGGUCGUCUGGGUCCUCAACCGGUGGUCCUGGACCACACCGGAGGCUUCGAGGGCUUGCUCUUUGUGGACGACGACCUUCUUGGGGUGAUUGGCCACAGCAACUUCAGCUCCAUCCGGGCCACCACUUGCGUCUACAAAGGAAAAUGGGCGUAUGAGGUGCUGAUCUCAUCACAGGGCCUGAUGCAGAUCGGCUGGUGCACGCUCUACUGCCGCUUCAACCAGGAGGAGGGUGUGGGCGACACGCCCGACUCGUAUGCCUACGACGGGAACCGGGUGCGCAAGUGGAACGUGGUGACCACCAACUACGGCAAGUCGUGGGCGGCGGGCGACAUCGUCAGCUGUCUCAUCGACCUGGAUGACGCCAGCGUCGCUUUCUGCCUCAACGGUCAGUCAUUGGGUACAGCGUUCAGCGACAUCAAAACUGGUCCCGGCGUGGCCUACUUCCCUGCCAUCAGCCUGUCCUUCAAGGAGUCUGUGGCCUUCAACUUUGGGAGCCGACCGCUCAGGUAUCCGUCAGAGGGCUACCUGCCCCUGCAGGACCCGCCCGCCGCCGACCUGCUCAAGGCCCAUAAGCUGCUGGGCUUCGUCAAGAACGUCCUGUCGUCCCGCAUUCAUGUACAGGAGGACCGCGUGGUAGAGACGGAGCGCUCGGUGUGGCGUCUGGACGGCCAGCCCACGGUGUUGAUCACGUUGGCGCACAUCUUCAACCACUUUGCUCCGCUUAUGUGCAAGGUGUACCUGGUGGAGGACGUGCUGAUGAACUUCCUGUUGGGAAUCCUGGAGGGUGGCGGUUCGGUGGAUGAGCACCCGCUUAUACAACAGCUGCUCGACCUAUUCUGGCUCCUCAUGGAGGACUACGAGAUCAACGAGUGCCUGAAGCAGCUUAUGAUGUCGCUGCUGAGGGCAUACCGCUUCUCCCCCAUCAUCCCCGACCUCGGCUUCCAGAUCCACUACCUGCGUCUGACCACGGCCAUCUUGCGUCACGAGAAGUCAAGGAAAUACCUGCUUGGCAAUGUCUUGUUCGACGUGCUGCGCUCGGUGGUCUUCUUCUACAUCAAGACGCCGCUGCGGGUCAAAGAGGCCGGGCUGGAGGAGCUCAUCCCCACCACGUGGUGGCCCACGCACUCGGAUAAGGAGGGAAAAGACGAGCGCGAGCCCAAAGACGAGAGUUCGGACGAGCGCUUGCGGCGGAGGGCGUACGAGCGAGGAUGCCAGAGGCUGAAAAAAAGAAUCGAAGUGGUGGAAGAGCUGCAAGUGCAAAUCCUCCGGUUGCUGCUAAACAACAAGGAUAAGAGCACUGGCGAAGCCUCCCGCUACAUUUUCCUGAACAAGUUCCGCAAGUUUCUCCAAGAGAACGCCAGUAACCGAGGGCACCCCACGGCCCUGUGCCCCCCCGAGUACAUGCUGUGUUUCCUGCACCGGUUGAUCACCGCCGUGCGCGCCUGCUGGGACGAAGCCAGUAAGAAGAGUCCGGGCAGCCUCGCCAGCGAUGAGGCGUAUGUGCCGCCGCAGCUGUUCUACAACGGGAAGGUGGACUACUUUGACUUGCAGCGACUAGGCGGCCUGUUGUCGCACCUCAAGAAGACGCUCAAAGACGAUCUAGCGAGCCAAGCCAACAUCGUGAUGGACCCGGCGGAGAUCCAGGCGGCGUCCAUGGACGACCUGGACGAGGACGAGGAGAGCGGUGGUGCACAGAGGCCCGCAGGAGCGGGGCCAGGCAGCGCCCCCGCGGCCCGGCCCGGCUGGCUGAGCUCGCCCACCCUGGGGCGGGCCAACCGCUUCCUCAGCACGGCCGCCGUCAGCCUCAUGACCCCCCGACGACCCUUGGGCCAGCCCGAGAAGCUUAAAGUGCGCACUCUGGCCGUGGAGCAGCGUACUGAGGACGACAUCGAGGGCAGCCAUAGCAACGACGGCCUGCUGCUCGGGCGACCCGCCCAAGAGUCAGAUCGACCCGUGGCCGACAAGUCGCUCCUGGAAAUCACCGACGGGAUUGUCAUGAUGUACAACCUCAGCGUACAUCAGCAGCUAGGAAAGAUGGUGGUGGUGGCCGACGAUGUCCAUGAGUACGCGGCGGCUCUCAAAGACACGGAUGAGAAGAUUGCGCGGUGCCCGGCGAGGAGGGCAGACAUCUUGGACGAGCUCCACAAGAGUCGCAAGGUUUUCGCCGAGAAGUUGAAUCACCUGAGUAGAAGGCUGGCCUGGAUCAACGCCACCAUUUACUCCAAGGAGAAGAUGCUGGACGUGUACUGGCUCUUGCGUGUGUGCAUUGUGACGGUGGAGCACGCCGACCGUACGGGCUCACUCUUUGCCUUCACGCCCGAGUUCUACCUCAACGUGGCCAUGUACGCCUACAACGCACUCAAGAAUUACUUUGGGCCCGCCGGCGGCAUGGAGCAGCUGCCGGGCUACCAAGAAACUCUGGCUCAGCUGGCGGCCAUCCUGGCCAAACACUUUGCCGAUCCAAGAAUCGUCGGGACAGAUAUCAAAGACGCUCUGAUGCAGGCGUUGGCCAGCUACGUGUGCUACCCGCAAUCCCUUAGGGCGGUGGAGAGGAUCCCUGAGGAACAACGCGUGGCCAUGAUGAGGAACUUGCUGGCACCCUAUGAGCAACGACCGUGGGCGCAGACCAACUGGAUUCUUGUCCGGCUGUGGCGGGGCUGCGGUUUUGGCUACAGGUACACACGCCUACCGCACCUGCUCAAGACCAAGCCCGAGGACGCCAACCUGCCCAGCCUCCAGAGGGACUUGUCCAUUGCUAGUUUCCAAAAGCCGUGUCCGUCGCUGCUGCUUCAGAGACACAUGGCUCUGCUGCUGAGCACGGAAAAAGAGAUGGGCGCCUCCUUCCUUAACAGCGUCCUCAAUCAGCUCAAUUGGGCCUUCUCCGAGUUCAUCGGCAUGAUCCAAGAGAUCCAACAGGCGGCGGAGCGCCCGGAGAGGAACUUUGUGGACACGCGGCAGCUCAAGGUGUGCGCCACCUGUUUCGACUUGUCGGUCAGUCUGCUGAGGGUCCUAGAGAUGACUGUGACGCUGGUUCCGGAGAUCUUCCUGGACUGGUCGCGUCCGUCGGCCGAGCUGUUGCUGCGCCGUCUUGCUCAGUUGCUGAAUCAGGUGCUGAACCGGGCCACGGCAGAGAAGAACCUCUUUGACCGCGUGGUCAACUUGCGCCUGCCAGGUCUGGAGAGCGUGGACCACUACCCCAUCCUGGUGGCCGUCACCGGCAUCCUCGUCAGACUUCUUGUCGACGGUGACCGACACGGGACGUGUCGCGCAGCGUGCGUGCUGCUGUCGGACCCGUGCUUCCAGCUUCACUCCAUCCGGCACCUUCUCAGCGACGAGCCGUCGGCGACCGUCUCCUCGACGGCCGCCGCCGCCCCAACGGAGCGCAAACAUUUCUCCCUCAACGCAUACAGCGACUACAUCAGCGCGGACGAGAAGAUGAAGGUGGAGAGCAUGCUGGCCUUCCUCAGCAGGGAAUCGCAGCAGGCAGCCACCAGCGCGCAGCCGACGAGCGAGGACGACCUUUGCCCCAUCUGCUACGCGCACCCCAUCUCUGCCGUCUUCAAGCCCUGCUCGCACAAAUCUUGCAAGGCCUGCAUCAAUCAGCACCUGAUGAACAACAAAGAUUGUUUCUUCUGCAAAGCCACCAUCACAGGGGUGGACGACUACAUCAAGACCCCUGCCUCGUCCUCCUAA